UUAGAAAAAGGAAGUGAAGUAAUAACAUUGGGAGUGGGAAACCCAGCAGGUGGUGGAGGAGGUGGGCGAUGCGGAAAUGUAAACGUCAGGUGUUUACUACUGGUGGCGAACGUUUUGUGGACGCAGAUUCUGCUGUAAUGGUUUAGGAAACACCACAAAUGCUUUCGAGUCUCUGAUUAUUGAGGCAUCAGGGUAGCUAGAUGCUUGUCUAUAGCAGCGGCAUAGUAUCGGGCGCUAUCACUAGUUAGUGAGCUAGCUAGCGAUGUCGUGUUAGUACUAAACAUAUAGCUAGUUCUUGCCGGCAGUGAUUCCCGACUGCUGAGAAGAGGCUCUGUUAAUAUUAACCGAGGCGUAAUAUGACAUAAGUUACACCCUGGUGAGAUGGGUGGUUUGGCCAGGCUCGAUGGUAACCGUGACUAGCAGCCCGGUGACGUCACGCCGUGAACUCUGAUCGAUUUGUCUUGUUUCUGCAGCACCGUCGGCGAUAGAAAAAGACCUUUUGACGGGGUCUCUCUUAAUAGACUAAUGCGUUUUCGUCAUUGUUCCUGGUACUACACUCGUUUCGCAACAAAUUGCAUAGGUUGUCAGUGUGACCAGACAAGUUUUAAUUAGGUUAUUUGUGAGGAGAAAAAUAAUGGCCUUAUGUUGACUAGAGCGUGUUUUUUUAAAUCGACUCUAAGCUUCUCUGCCCACGUCGACCAAGUCAAAUGCGUGACCUGCCUGUGUAUGAUACUCAGUAUGAUAGAUUCGACCGGGUAAAUGUGACGAGCACUGCAUGUCGUCUUCGUUUCCAUAAAAAUGGAAACGACAUACUCUCGGUUUAGUUAAAGAAGAUAAACAAAGAAUCCAACAACGCCUUUUAAAAUCGCCUCAUUGGCCAUGGGAAUGACACUGAGUGAGCCUUGCAUCUAUGACAAACUGUCGGAAAGUAUUGAUAUUCUGCGCCAAUCUGGAUAUCGAUAUGGCAUGUCAGAGAAGGAGAUAGAGAGGUUCAUCAAGCAGGUGCUGGAAACGAAUGAGCCACGAAGGGAACCACCGCAGUUCCCCAUUCUUCUGGCUACCGUCAAGUUUGUAGUUGCAGUGGGCUUCCUUCUGGUGGUAGUGUUGGCCUUCACAUAUCCACAAAGCCACCCCCAGCUGGGCUGGACCAUCACUGGGAGCCAUAACUGGUCCUCCCCCCUCAGCCAUGUGCGCCUCCUCUCUCUGCCCAUUGCCAAGAAGUACAACCUGCAAGGGUUCCACCAGUGGUGGAGCAUGGGACACCCAAGAGCAGAGUCGGUCAACUGUUCUGGGUGUGCGGCUGUCUCCACCAUCCUGGACGUGGUGCAGUCGCUGUCUGGUCCCACAACCUUGCGCAGGGGCGUGCAGCCCAUACUGUUCAAGGGUGGGGAAGCACUAUGGCUGCAAUACCACCAGUUGGAGCUGCUCUACUCUGCACACCCAGAAGACUUCAGCAUCCUACCUGGAGAUCCAAGAAUGUCUCCCUCCCAGGGAUUCCCACCAGAGCCUGCAAACUUCACUCUGCUUUUGAGGUCCGUGCCGGGCAGCGGGCAGGAUGUACUGCAUUGGCUCUUCCCUGGAGUAGAACUCUGCCCCCUCCUGGACCUCACAGGAACAAUUCUGCAUGGCUGCCUUGUGUCCCACACCAUAGAGACACAGAGCAGAGCCCUGCGGUUGCAUGGCUGGCUGUUAGUUGGAAAGGGCUUCCCUACAGCUCGACUGCUGCCUGUCCCACAGUGUCACAUGUACUGCAGCUCCUUCAGCCUGUGGCUAGGCCCCGGGGAUCUGGUUUAUGCGGACCCACGAUUCUGGCAGGUGGAGCUUUUUCCUGGCAAGGGGCAGAAUAUCGUAUGUGAUGGCUCAGCCCCCUGAAAUAAGUACUGAAGAUUGGAGAGAGAAGACGGCUGGGAGGUCACUGUAGCUCCCAUUGGCUGAGCUGGCUCUGCCUUUUAAUGUAAAUGUAGAAGAAGAGGGAGAAUUGAAAAGGGGAGGGGGCAGAACUCAAAGCCCUCCCCCAGCCGCCCCCCAUUAACUCCUAUUGGCUGAGCUGCCACUUUGACGUACCACGUUAGCCAAUUCAUCAUACAUUAUUUGCAUUUAAAGCCUUUGGGUGAGAGAUGGAGAGUUGGGUCUCCUGAGAACACAAACAGCACCUGAUCUGUGAUGGCAGCCUUACAUCACUGGAGCUUCUCCGAAUUGCUGUUACAUCUUUGCUUUGCGCCAGGGGAGCAGGUGGGAGACUCUCAUGCAGACUCAGCUGUGUGACACCUGCGACUGCCAUUCCAGGCGUGUUAAAAGCACAACACGAACCCUUGUAACUGGCAUGUUUGCUUGCACCUGGUGGAAUCUGCCCCCCUCACCCUGGCCUGUACUCUGACCUCAGUGACAGGUUAAUGCAAAUUACACUUACAAUUAAAAUCAACUGUAAUACGAUUACACUCUCAAUGUAAAUGUGACUUUUGAAAAUGUUCCAGUUUACCAAACCUUACUGGAGAAUGUAAAGUUCAACAUAGGUCUAACAAAAAGAAUAUUUGUAAUGAUGUACUUAAUUUUGCAUUUGUGGCUAGCCUUGGGUCAGAAUGAAAAUCAAACCUUUGUACUUGAUAACUACCAAAUACUUUGGUAGAACUACCAUUCCACCUGGGGCAGACGUCCUCCUUUCCGUCCCAGUGCCAUGCUUUUUAGCAGAACCGAAGCUGCCCCUGUCCGCAUCAUUGUUUGCUGCUGCAGGUCUUGGGUUCGUCCUGUCGCCUGUCUGCACAGCUGCCUGUCAAUGCACUUUAACAAUCUGCUCGUGUUGAUGAUGUCAUAGACCUGCAGAUCUUCUCUCCCCCAGCGGUUCCUGUACUUAAAACACUGAUUCUUGCCAGCAACUUAUUUCAGAUAUUUAUUCAGCAGGGUGCAAAAGUCCCACUUAGGUGGUUCUCUUAAUUUUAAUUUAUGGAGUUAUUCCCACCCUACUCUUAUGACAGGCGUACAUUUACAAAAUUACAGUAAUGUAUUCUAUAAUGGCAUUUUAAAUUUAAAGGUAUCGCCCUCAUAUGAUUCCUAAGACACCUGUUUGCAUUAGACACUAGUUAUCGAACACAUUUGAAAAUGUUUAGUUUGAUGUUACUGUUUUUGCAUGAGUACACAUAUUGCUCACUUUCCCUAACUUUGAAUCACUCAGUAUUCUGUGGUUAUAAUAGCCGUUUUGUGGGCAAUGGGGGUUAUGAUGAUAUGUUUUAUUAGGUUGGAUUAAGAUGCCAUUUCAAAAAAUAGUCAAGAUUAUGAAAGACUAAAUCCACCCCUGACUCUGGAAUAAACUUAAUGGGCUAUGAGAUGGA